GUCAACACUCUCUGUCAGCUUUCCCAAAAAAGAGAACUUCUCUUUAGAACUCCCCCCCACCACCACACUCACCAGCUUUUUCUCCAUUCUCUCUUUUUCUCUUUGCCGCUACAUUCUCAUUCAUGGCGCUUCUGAACCUUUUCUCUCUCUACAUUUUCUUCAUCUUCUUCGUCAGUACUCAAGGCUCUACUCUACUCACUGAGUCUGAGUCGUCUGCUUCUCUUUCAUCUUCUGCUUCUUCAGAUGUUGAGCUUCUCUUGGGAAAGAUCAAAGCUUCACUGCAAGGUAACUCUGAGAACCUUUUGCUAUCUUCAUGGAACUCUACUGUGCCUAUGUGCCAAUGGAGAGGCCUCAAAUGGGUUUUCUCCAAUGGCACUCCUUUGCUCUGCACUGACCUCUCUUCCCCACAAUCGACCAACCUCUCUCUCUUCAAAGACCCUUCUCUUCACCUUCUAUCUCUUCAGCUUCCCUCUGCCAACCUCUCUGGUUCACUACCUAGAGAGCUGGGUGAGUUCUCUAUGCUUCAAAGUCUCUACGUUAACAUCAAUUCUCUGAGUGGAACCAUCCCUCUUGAGCUUGGCUAUAGUUCUUCACUCUCUGACAUUGAUUUGGGUUACAAUAUGUUGAGUGGUUCUUUACCACCAUCUAUAUGGAACUUGUGUGACAAACUUGUUUCUCUUAGGCUUCAUGCUAAUUCACUAUCUGGGUCAGUCCCAGAACUUGCACUGCCAAACUCUACCUGUAAGAAUUUGCAGGUUUUGGAUUUGGGUAAGAACAAGCUUUCUGGGACUUUUCCAGAAUUCAUAACCCGGUUUCUUGGGCUUAGAGAGCUUGAUCUUGGGGAUAAUGUGCUUUCGGGUUCAAUUCCAGAGAGUUUAGCUGCGCUAAACAUUGAAAAAUUGAAUCUUUCACACAAUAACUUUAGUGGAGUGUUGCCGGUUUUUGGAGAAUCAAAGUAUAGUGGGGAGGUUUUUGAGGGAAACAAUCCGGGGCUUUGUGGGUUACCUUUGAAAAGUUGUACCGGAAGUUCUGGAUUGAGUCCUGGUGCCAUUGCUGGCAUUGUGAUAGGUUUGAUGGCUGGAGCAGUGAUUUUGGCUUCAUUGUUAAUAGGGUAUGUGCAAAAUAAGAAGAAGAAGAGUAGGGGAGAGAGUGAAGAUGAAUUGGAGGAAGCAGAAGAUGAGGAAAAUGGUGGUGUUCCUUUUGGUGUUGGUGGUGGUGGUGUUGGUGGAGCUGGUGAAGGGAAGCUUAUUCUGUUUCAAGGCGGAGAGCAUUUAACCUUAGAAGACGUGUUGAAUGCUACGGGGCAAGUUAUGGAGAAGACAAACUAUGGGACGAUUUAUAAGGCAAAGCUUGCUGAUGGUGGAACCAUUGCUUUGAGGUUGUUAAGGGAAGGCAGUUGCAAGGAUGGGAGUUCAUGUUUACCUGUGAUAAGGCAAUUGGGAAAAAUUCGCAAUGAGAAUUUGAUUCCAUUGAGAGCUUUCUAUCAGGGAAAGAGAGGAGAAAAGCUCCUGAUAUAUGACUAUCUUCCUCACAGAAGCCUCCAUGAUCUUUUAUAUGAAACUAGAGCAGGAAGGCCAGUGCUGAACUGGGCUCGAAGACACAAGAUUGCAUUGGGUAUAGCCAGAGGACUAGCAUUUCUUCAUACAGGUCUUGAGGCACCCAUUACUCAUGGAAAUGUGAGAUCCAAAAACGUGCUAGUAGAUGAGUUUUUUGUAGCCAGGCUGACUGAAUUUGGGCUUGACAAGCUAAUGAUUCCGGCAGUAGCUGAUGAAAUAGUGGCACUUGCAAAGACUGAUGGUUAUAAAGCACCAGAGCUUCAAAAGAUGAAGAAAUGCAAUUCCAGAACAGAUGUCUAUGCAUAUGGGAUACUGUUAUUGGAGAUUUUGAUAGGAAAGAAACCUGGAAAAAAUGCGAGAAGUGGGGAAUUUGUGGAUUUGCCUUCAAUGGUGAAAGUAGCGGUUUUGGAGGAGACAACAAUGGAAGUUUUUGAUGUGGAAGUGUUGAAGGGGAUAAGGAACCCCAUGGAAGAGGGGUUGGUUCAAGCAUUAAAACUUGCAAUGGGUUGCUGUGCUCCAGUGGCUUCAGUUAGACCAACUAUGGAAGAAGUUGUGAAGCAGUUGGAGGAGAAUCGACCAAGGAACAGGUCUGCUUUGUACAGCCCUACAGAAACAAGGAGUGAAAUUGGUACACCAUUUUGAGCUUUUUUUUUUUCUUUUUUUUUUUUUUUCCUUAUGUUGAUCUAAUUAUGAGUUCAAAAUAUGUUAUUGUGUAUCUGAUCCUCGUUAAAAGAAGGCAAUUGUAGUGUAUGAUGCUAAUGCUUUUCUUAAGGUUAUAUUUCUAGGAAUUGGCAAAAUGUGUAAUUGAUGACAAUGCAUCUCUUAAAACAGCUAUCUUGGAAUGUAGUUAUUGAUGACAAUGCAUCUCUAAAUACAGCCAAUCUUUGAAUUGUUUGAA